AUGUAUAAACAGAAAACAACCUUUGGAUCACAGACAGCUCGUUUCAUGUCAACCUGCUCUCAAGCAAGUGGAUCAUGUAGCCAAGAAGGCCUGAAGCCAAGGUGCUUCAGAUCAAGCGAGUUGCACGGCUCCACAUGGGCCACAUGGGCAAGUGAGUUCAUGGAUGGGAGGUCCGAUCAGACUAAGCGUCCCGGGGAGCUAUUGGCGGAGAGGAUGGACAACCUUCACUGUUCUCCCUUUGGCCGGCGCCAGGACUCACCAAGCCUCAUGCCGUCCUCCAAGCGUCCACGUGGCGCAGGCUUGCUGCCGUCAUCCUCAGUUCCACAGUGGCUACCAGCCUUAGCAGAUGAAGAUCCAGGAGAGCACAUAGAUGAGCACCACGCACCGCCAGCCAACGCAUCUGACUGGCGCAUGGUACUUUACCACGACCGAAAUGUGGUUUUGUACAACCCUGAUGAGAAGCCUGCAUUUCGUUCGCGCAGACUCUCGGUUGACGAGGCAGCUCCAGGCACGGAGCUGGCAAACCCUUCAGGGCGCUGCCCCCUUUGUCGACAGACGGUGGAUGCUCGUUUUGCUUUCGCAGCUCAAGCAUACUUCGAUCUGCUCCAGGGACUCUUCCGCUCAGGUGGUCGGGACAGCACAGAGGGGGAGGACAUCGACCUCCUCUCUGAGACCGACCUGUACAGGAUACUUGGUGUUUCCCGCAAUGCCAAAGCGGAUGACAUCAAACGUGCAUACCGGAAGCGGUCCUUGAGGUUUCACCCUGACAAGAAUCCAAAUGACAAAGAUGCCAAAUUGAGGUUCCAGAAGGUGGCAGAGGCCUUCAGUGUCCUUUCUGAUGAGACCAAGCGGGCCAAAUAUGACAAUUCUGGCGACAUGGACCUGGAGGGUUUUGACGUCGAGACCUUCAUGGAAAUGGUCCAUGCUGCCGGGCUCAAGUUUCAAAGAACUUCCGAUGAUCGUGACGAUUUUCAAGAUGACUCCGCUCGCGGUUUGGACCGCUUGGACCGCUUGGGUGCAUCUGAUGGUGAAGAAGCAGUUGAAAUAGAGGCCAUUGGCGACUACGACAGUAACCCUUUCUUGCUGAGUGGGCAGGAAAAAGCUGCAGAGGUACCAGUUGUUGCAUCUGAGGGAGGGGCAGAAGAAGAGAAAGCAGCUGCAGCUGCUUUGAGACAUCUUCCGGCUGGCUUGUUGAACACGGGUUACUAUGCCCGUUUUUUUCAAGAGACACGGAUGUUGGGCUCUGGCAGUUUCGGAGCAGUGUUCCUGUGCCGCCAUGUCUUAGACGACAUGAUGCUUGGGGACUAUGCUGUUAAGAAGGUGCCUGUGGGCGACAACAAGGUUUGGCUCCGCGACAUGGUUCGAGAGGUGAAGACAUUUGAACGUUUACAUCAUCCCAACAUUGUAGAGUACAAGCACUCUUGGUUGGAGCUGUCGCGGAGGUCUGAGUUUUGUCCCUUCGUGCCCUUUCUUUUCAUCCUGAUGCAAUACUGCAACGGGGGCUCCUUAGCCGAAAUCAUAUGGCAUGACGGCAACCUUGCCACGCCCAAAGAGCCUCUCUCAACAGAGCAAACCUGGCAUUUUCUGCUGGAUAUUUUGCUUGGCCUGCAGCAUUUGCACAGGCAAGGCAUCCUCCACCGUGACUUGAAGCCGACCAACAUUCUGCUCUCGUGGCCAGAGGAGAAUAGCCGGCGGACCCAAAGUCCAAGGGCUUUGCUUAGUGACUUCGGCACGGCCCAAGCCUUCGGUGAGCCACCCGCCAGUGCUACAGCCGCUGCAUCUCGGGGGUACACUGGCACGGUGGAGUACACUGCUCCGGAGCUCCUGUUUAGAGAAGAUGAGCAGGAACGUGAGUAUUCAGAAAAGAGCGACAUGUGGUCCCUUGGCAUGGUUCUCUAUGCCAUGUGCUUCGCAUCCUUGCCUUUCUUUCAUGACGACCCUCAUGUGCUCAAAGGCCUCAUCAAGGCCUUUGUCGAAGAGAAGCGGAGUGCUAGCCGCGCCGAGGCUGCUACACCAAGCGCAGAGGAGGACGCUUCCAGUUGGCUUCCCUUUGACGCUGGGGGUCGCAUUGGACCCUUGCGCUUGGUCCUUGCAGCCUUGUUGGCACUGGACGCACAUCGUCGCCCGGCCACCACAGAUCUCCUGGAAAACCCAGUCUUCAGGUUAACGAAGCUGUUGGGUCAGCUCAACACCUUGCUGGUUGGACAACAGAAGGAACUCCGCCAAGUGGAAGACCAGUUGGUUGCACCAACCCCCGCGCCUUUACCACCAGUGGUGGUGGGCACAGCCGAUACGGCCGUGACGCGGAAGAUGAAAGAGAUGGCCAAAGAACAUCAGGAAGAAGUUGAGAGGCAACAGCGAGAGAUCCAGUCCUUGCAAGCUGCCCUGAAAAGCCUUUCGGCACAGCAGCAGGAGCACGCUGUUUCGAUCCCAGCUGCAAUACCGCCACUGGAAGGAGGUGGCUCUACAAGUGAGCAUGCUGCAAACCAGGACGGAGACUUCCCGGCAGACUGGUUGGCACGCUUCUCCAGAGCUGAGCUUGAAGCAUCGGCCAAAGAGGCGGAGAAGUGGCGCCAGAUGGCCAGGAAUGCCGCCAUCCACAGCUGGAAAGGGUACAAGGAACGUGCCUGGGGCAAAGAUGAGAUGACACCCGUAUCUGGCAAUCCAGGUCGUGUAUGGGGCAACUUAGGGCUUCAGAUUUUGGAUGCGCUAUCCACUCUUUGGAUCAUGGAUCUCAAGGACGAAUUCAACGAAGGUGCUCAGUGGGUAGAGCAGAGCUUGCGGUUUGAGCACUCUGGCUUCGUCUCCUUCUUCGAGAUCGUGAUCCGUGGUUUAGGAGGCCUGCUCUCGGCCCAUGCCCUUUCGGGUCGGGAGGUCUUUCUUCGGAAAGCGGAGGAGCUUGGUGAAAAGCUGCUAAGGGCCUUUAAUCAGCAGACUGGAUUUCCGAUGACGCAAUUCAACGUCAGGACGGGUGAGGGAAAGAAAGGAUGGUUCUCUGGAACUUUGCUCGCGGAGGCGGGAACUGUGCAGCUGGAGUUUCGCUACCUUUCGCAGCAGCUUGGAGAUGCCAGAUUUGCGCAAGCGGGUGACCGAGCUAUGCGCCAAAUCCUGCAGGCAGAGAACGGGCAAGGCUUAGUGCCGUGGGGGUUGUCCAACACCGGCACCGCGAGAUUUAGCAACAGUCACAUCACCUUUGGCGCCAUGGGCGAUUCUUACUAUGAAUACCUGCUGAAGUUGUAUAUCCAGUCGGACAAGACUGAACCUGAGUGGAAGGAAGCAUGGAAGAGAGCGAUGAACAAAGCGUUCCAGCGCUUGAUUUUCACCACUAAAGGUGGUUUGACUUACAUCGCCGAAGAGAAAAACGGCCGAACCGAUCACAAGAUGGAUCACUUGGCUUGCUUUGUAGGUGGUAUGCUCAUCUAUGGCGCGCGGGAGUUGAAGCCAGAGGAGGUUGACUCGCGCUGGGAGAAGACUGCCGCGGGCAUCACGGAGACCUGCUAUGAGAUGUACAAGCGCCAGCCGACCCAUUUGGCCCCGGAAGCGACGCGCUUCAAUCCCCAGGGAGCACAGGGUUCAGAUAUGAGUACCUGGAACAAUGCUGGGCAGUAUUUGCUACGGCCAGAGGCUGCGGAGUCCAUUUUCUACAUGUUCUACUACACUGGCGAUCCAAAGUAUCGACGCUGGGCAGGAGAACUGCAUGUUCCUAAUCUGAUUGCGUUGCUUUGGCAAUACUUCACCCAGUGGGCCAACCAAGCAACAGUUGUUGAUACUUCCCAUGCUUUAUGA